AUGCCGUGCAAAAACACUGUAUCGAACGCGACUCUCGAAUCAUCACCCAUGUCCGCACAUGUCCGCAAGGCAUUCACGCAUUCAAACUUGCCGUCUUGGCCUUUGACGAUGGAAAUGACCGAUGCAGCACCUUCCAAACACUGCUAUGUGUCCGCUCCAGAAGCUCUGCUACUACUCUAUUCUUUCUGUCAGGACACAGACAUUGAAGCCAGCCGGGGAACAAGAUGGGGAAGGCCUGGAAUUAGGAAUAAAGGCGAGUACCUCUCUGGCUAUGCUGCCUGCGCACGGGUACCUUCUGACACUGGCGUCAAACCUUGCUCACCUUCACCUGUCGAGCCCGGGAUUCUGUUCCCUCGAGAUCCUGCUGCCUCGGCUUCACCAGAUUGCUUCAACAGAUUCACCUUCAAAAUGAUCAAUGACUUCUCCAAGAGAUAUGCGGACUUGAGAUGUUUCGAACCAUAUGCAUGCCAAUCGUCAUCAUUGAAAGGACGGGAUGCGAUGCCGGCCAGUCUAUGA